AUGAGUAGAAUAUUUAGCAGGACAAUAAGUCAUUCAAUUAGACGGAGACAACAAGAUUGGUGGUUUGUUGAGCAGCCCAUUACUAGUACUUCUACAGCGACAGCAACAACAGCGUCAUCUCCACCGUCAGAACUACCAGAGUCUUUAAGAGAGUUGCAUAACUAUCUUAAUACAUUACCAUAUCUUAAUAAAAGCUCUAUCACUUGGAAGCAUAUAGACGAAUUUCAACGAGAAUCAGACGAAUUAAUCAACAAUGAAGUGAGCUCAGCAUUAAAUCCAUGGAUUUGGGCUGGUAAAGUGAGCCUAUUAGAAGGCAUAGGAAAGCGUGGUGUGGAAAGAACUUUCAAAGAUUUGCGCUCUUAUUUUAAAAUGAGAAGUGAAAUAGCUCGUAUGUACGGAUUAGAACCACCAGAGCGUAGAAAGUAUGCACGUAAGGGUCUAUCAAACCUCCGAAAAUCUCAAGGUGACCUCAUAAAAGACAAAGGCAGCUGGGGUCUAAUAGAACAUUUUGAUAGUAAGACAGGUGUAGCUGCUGUUAUUGGUGUUUGGGAAAAAGAAAACGAAGUAGACGACUGGGGCGUGUUUGAAGAAUAA